AUGCUGGACGUGGUGAAGAUGAAGGAGGCGUGCAGGAUCUGCGCCCGCGAGCUCUGCGGGAACCAACGCCGAUGGAUCUUCCACCCGGCCGCCAAACUCAACCUGCAGGUGCUGCUGUCUCACGCCGUCGGCCGCGAGCUAAGCCGGGAUGGCCGCGGCGAGUUCGCGUGCUCAAAGUGCGCCUUCAUGCUGGACCGGAUGUACCGCUUCGACACGGUGAUCGCCCGGGUGGAGGCGCUGUCUCUGGAGCGCCUGCACAAGCUGCUGCUGGAGAAAGACCGGCUGCGGCAGUGCAUCGGGGGGAUGUACCGGAAGAACAACGCCGAGGACGAAGGCGUGGCACCGGCCGGCUCCUGCGUAGCGGUCGUCGUCGCCGCGGUGGAGGCGGCGCCUGAAGACUCUCCGAUAGUGGAUCUAUCAGACCUGCAGGAAGUGAGAUACUCAGAUAUGGUGCAGGAUGAUCUGGUGUACUCUGUGUAUGAGUCCUGGGCUGAUAAAGAAGAUCCAGCCUUGGAUCAACAACACCAUCACGUCCAUCAAUGCACCGGAGCGGACCCCAUCCCGGGUCAGAAGCCGCGGCGCUGCAGAGGAUGCGCGGCGCUCCGAGUGGCAGAUUCCGACUACGAAGCGGUGUGUAAGGUUCCUCGGAGGGUCGGACAAAGGAGCACAUCCUGCGGCCCGUCGACACGCUACUCAACAGGAGCUCCGGGGCAAGAAGACGCCACCAGAACCGAAUCAGAAGCUAUCUCCUCCAUCCCGUUUGAGUCCGCUUCCGUCGAACUGGACGCCGAUAAAACCACGUGUGACAGAACCAGUCUGAGCCCGGCAUCGUCCGCGGACUCUCUGCACACCGCCGUGGACGUGAGCUCACAGCAGCCGCACCACAAAGACAGAGAGGAGACGGAGCCGGAGAAAGAACCAGAGGAGGCUGCAGAGAGGAGGGAUGUAACCCAAGAUGAGAGCUCCGUUUCUGGGCUGGAGGUGAUGCUGAGCCUCCUGAAGGGAUGGGAGUACCGGCCGGUGAAGCCUCGCAGGGGCAGCAAGCUCCCGGUUCUGGUUAAAGCCAAAUUGGAGCAGAGCCUGUCGUUGACCCUGCCCGUCCCGCUGAGGGGGUCGUGCGGGGGGGCGGGGGCGGAGUGCGAGCUGUACCCCCACCAGCGUGUGCCGGAGGUCGUGACUCCGUGUCCUCAGCAGGAUUUGCAGGCGGAGCUGGAGGAGAUGGAGCAGCAGUGGUUGGAUGAUUAUGUUCAGUGCGGGCCGUUCCGCUUUCAGCAGGUAGAGCGGAGGAUGACCUUUGACCUUAAAUGAUAGGUUUUUAAAAUUAGGCAGGACAAUUAAAAACAUUGGCCUCA